GGGAAACACCAUCCAAUAGCGUAAAAGUAUCCGAUCAGGAACAUCCAUGGACGACGCCAAGCAACGAGUCGGAGAUGUUGUCGGAACUGUGAAGAACAACCUAACCAUGGCAACCGAAAGCGGUCUACGCGUGGUGCGUCAGUACUCCGACGAGGGACGUGCUUUAGCGUUGCGAACACUCAAUGAAGCUAACAGUGAAGCGGGAACAGUGCUACGUAACGCGUGGACCAACUUCAUCGCGCUUGUGCAGCGUUUGAAAAGCUCCGCACGCGAAGUUCUCGACCCAUCCGUGUUGUACGAGGAGUUGCGCGUGUUUUUCCGCGAUGAAAUCGCUCGGAACAACGCUUUUGCGAUACUGAUCGGGCUGGGUUUCGGUACGACGGGAGGUUUCAUGCUGGGGGUUUGGCUAGCUCGACCCCACCUUCCAACACCGAUCAUGAAAUCGAUCGCAUCCACGUCGUUCCGUGAUCCAGACAAUGUGGUCGUAUGCCAAACGGCUGUCCCACAGUUCCAGUCAUCUUCCGACAUACUGGUGCGCGUGCGAGCCGCUUCACUGAACCGCAUCGAUCGCCGGAUCGCGUUCGGAUACGGCCGAACCCUGCGGCGGAUGAUCCGCUCGUACAAUAGCACGUACGAUCCGGAGCUCCCACUCGUCCUAGGAAGAUCGUGUGCCGGCAUCGUCGAAGCCGUUGGCACGGGCACGAAAAGUGGGCUUGAAAUUGGGGACGAAGUGUGGCUAGCGACAAACUGGUACGAACCUGGGGUAGCCUCCGAGUUUGUCGUCGUACCGGAGACACGCGUUGCACGCAAACCGUUCCUAAUUGGGUUCGAGGGGGCCGCAAGCCUUCCGUACAGUGGCUCGAUCGCACUGAACCUGCUCGACGUGCACCGACUGAAUGAGCACACGUGCAAGGGCCGGCGUAUUUUGGUGCAGGAUUCCUGCUCACCGGUCGGUUGCGUGAUUACCCAGCUCGUCCACAAAUGGGGCGCACAUGUCGCCGCCACCUGCCAUACACGAUCGGUUCCUGUGAUCAACAACCUCGAGGAGAGAGGCGCUGCGGACAUUAUAACCUUCGCGAACGAGCACUUCCGGUCGAACUUUAUCGACGUCAACGUCGACAAGUCCAACUUCAUCAACGAGCUAACGUCGAGGGAAAAGUUCCACUUCAUCUUUCUCACGACGCGGCUCGGGUACGAUUAUAAGUUUCUCGAAAAGUUCCUCACCAAAGACGGCGUGAUAGUGGACGCGGUCGAACCGGAGAUCUCGACGGACGACUACGGUGUGAUCGGGCGGUUCUUCCUCGGCACAUACGUCCGCUGCCGGAAGGCGUUCGCGUGUCUCUUCCGCACCACCGUCGACUGGGGUGGACCGCAUCUCUGCCAUCUGGUGCUGAGACGGUUGGCCGGCUUCGUGAACGAUGAAACGUUGAAAACCGUCGUCGAUCGGGUGUACACUCCGAACGAGGUGGAACGGGCGCUCGAACACAUUUGCAGCGAAAAGAGCAUCGGCAGCACGAUCAUCACGUUCCGGUAGAGCUGCAGGACCGCUGCCAUUAGGAUUUCCGCUUGGAAGGGCCGGUAAUCCGACAACGGACUCACGACCGCACGAGGAUGAAGAGAUCCGCCAGCUUAGUUGUCUGUUUUCCGUUGGACGCUGUCGGUGGGUGAUGUUGCUGAGUUAGCUAGAUUUCGUUAUUUUUAUAUACCUUUUGUUUCGAACAGUAGUAGAAUAGGUGGCUUAUGGUUUUGCUUUUGUGUCCCCGCUCGACGCGAUAUUCUUUUUGUUAGUUUCUUUUUCUGUUCCUAACUAAUUUAAUUUUUUUCCCUUCCUCCCUAAACAUUGACGAGCACGGUUCCGGGUUUGCGGGCUUAAACGAUAUCUCCGACACGUCCCACCGGUUAAACGCAAAACGAUCGAUCGAACGCGAUAUUUGUUUUUUUUCUCUCUCUUUUCCCGCGCCCGAGUAACGUGGAAUAAAGGGCACGUUCGAUCAGAUACUUCGGAAGUUAGAAUGUUAUUAUACCA